ACAUUUGGUGAUAGUGUCAUCCACUCAUCGCACAUUGAUGUCAUGGUUGAAGACCACACUUUCAAACUCCAUGAGAGACACAUUGGAAAGGACAGUGAAGAGGAGAGGAAGAUCGGAAGAAUAAUUGCCGAGAAUUUGGUCGACAACGGGGCUACACUACAAAUGGGUAUUGGAGCUGUACCCGAUGCAGCUCUGGCUGCUCUGAAGAAUCAUAAGGAUCUAGGCAUUCACACGGAAAUGUUUUCGGAUGGUGUGCUGGAUCUGGUUAAAUGCAACGCAAUUACGAAUAGCAAAAAAGUGAGUUUUUUUCCUUGUCGUGCAUUAUUAUUAUCUUCAUACGAUACAAUUUAUAUGAAACUCAUUCGCGUGCUAAAUACAAUGUGGUACUGGUUUCCAGUUUUGAAGCCUUGA